AAACUCCCAACAGUUCGGUCCUUAAAAUUCAACAUGAAAGACCCUUUAUUAAUCUGUCAAGUGGCCUUGGCUCUAAUGUGGUCAAUACUAACCGUAACUAUAGUUGCACAACGUACUACUGACCCUUGUCGCCUGUUUCCAAACAAAACUAAAUUGCGUGAUCCAGAUGAUUGUAGUCAAGAAAUCAUAUGUAUUGAUUUCAAAUCAACUCCUGGUAUUCAAUGUAAGAGCCCCACACCUUUCUACAAUAAGGAUACAUUUCAAUGCGUAAAACAUUUAACCGAUAACAGUACAUGCGAAAUCGAUUGUACGAAUAAGAGUCACUCAUUUGUAAAAGAUCCAAAAUCUUGCUAUGGCUAUUAUUAUUGUCAAGACGAUGAUUUGGCUUUAUAUGGUCACUGUCCACAAAAUUAUCACUUUGAUCAGACUGAGCAGAUGUGUAUUUAUGAUUUUAAUUCGAGCUGCAGUGUUCAGAAUUUGAACUUUUGCGCCAUCGUUAAGGCGGGCGUUAAAUUUAAAGAUGAAUCCAAUUGCGGAAAAUAUUUCGUAUGUGAAGAAAUUAAAAAAAAAGUGAUACUUAAAAAUGUAUUAUGUGAGGGCACCAAACCAUUUUAUUAUCCAAUUAAUGGAACAUGUAUAAGUGAAAAAAUAGAAGGAUGUCAUCCAGUACCGGAAAAUGUCUGCGGCUCAGGAAAAACUUUGAAAAAAAAUAAAUUCGUCAGUGAUGGAGUUACCUGUGCUGGCACUUUCUUUUGUGCUGAUUAUGGCUCUAAACCGGAUCCAAAUCCUCAAUGGUAUAAAUGUCCUAAUAAUUUGUUCUUUAGCGAGGUGGAACAAAAGUGCGUAGAUCCACUGAAAGUUGAAUGUUAUAAAGAUCGUUGCGAGGGUAGUAAAAGAACAUUUGUGGUCAGUAGUGAAAGUGGUUGUCGUCAUUAUCUUCGAUGUGAAAAUGGUGUUCAGAAGGGAAAAGGAAAGUGUGAUAAUACAUUUUUCGACGAAGAACAGGGUAUAUGUACCACGGAAAUAAUUAAUUAUCCUGCUUGUUAUCAUAAAUAAUAAGAAUAAAGCAUAUGCAUAUGUGUUGAAAA